AGUGCUUUGACCACCCGCCAGUCGACGCGAACGCGAAGCCUGACGACAUCAUGAGCGCUCCAGCGCAAGGGCAACAGCAGGUCAGCACCCCUUCGUCGAUCGGUGGCGGCCUGAAGGUAUCGAGCAACUCGCCCGUCGUGCUCGAUGUGCAGCGUGAAGGCACCGUUGGCGUCAAUGUUAGCCUCCACCCGCUCCCCAUUCUCAACGUCUCAGAGCACCUCACAAGGACAGCGAUGCAGGCAAAGUCGACAGAUGUAGAAGUAUACGGGGCGUUGCUGGGAACCCAGUCCGGUCGGAAUAUCGAUAUCCAUACGACUUUUGAAAUCAUAGUCAAGGCUCCCAAUGGCACCAGCACACGUAGAGAGGUAGACCACGACUUUCUGACGGCAAGACAGGCUCAGUUCAAGCAAGUGUUCCCCACCUUUGACUUUCUUGGCUGGUACUCUACCGGCACCAUACCCACACCGGCCGACCUCGAGAUUCACAGCCAGCUGUCUGAUUACAACGAGUCGCCCCUCUUUCUCCAGCUGUCGCCCUCUGAUCAGAAGCUGAGCCAGGCAAGAGCAGCCGGCGAGCUACCCAUUGCCAUUUAUGAGACCUUUGUCGAGAUGCCGACAAAGGAAGCGAGCUCGGAGGGAAAGGUGUCGACCGAGACCGGCCCCGCCACCUUCUUCUUGCCAGCCAACUAUCACGUAGAGACGGGCGAGGCCGAGAGGAUCGCCGUCGAUCACACGAGCAAGCCGCCCGAGGGAGGAGAGGACGGUGAGAGCGGCGUCACGGCCAACCUCACGACGCAGUACAACGCCAUUAAGAUGCUCUCGGACCGCAUCAAUCUCAUCACGGCCUACCUUCAAGGUGUACAGUCUGGCAGUCUGAGAAAAGAUCCCGAGUCGCUCCGUCAGAUUUCGAGCCUCGUCGCCAGCCUCCCUGCCAGCAACGAGCUGCCCGAAUUCCACAGCGAGUUCUUGACCGAAUACAACGACGUACUCUUGACAAACUAUCUGGCCAACAUGACCAAUGGUCUCAACUCGCUCAAUGAGCUGGUCGACAAGUUCGACACUGCUCAGACGGGGGCAGACGAGUCACUAGGUCGCCCAAGAGGUGGGCCCGGUAGGAACACUCGCUCAGGUCGAAUGCAGCACUACUAGAAAACUCCACGAUGUACUACUACUGCCCUCUUCUGCGGGACCAUCAACACCCAAUCAGCAUAUUGGACCACUCAAAUAGCUGUUGCAGAAAUAGCUAGACUACAAUAUCAGGAAGGCUCCCAGUCCAGCUGCAAGAGCACUA